AUGGCAUCAGACUCGAGCAAACACGAAGACGGUGGUUCUCCGUCCGACCAAGUUGAGAAAUUGCAAGUGCCAAGUGGGAGCAGCCAAGAGAGAAUGAAAACAAUUAGGCACCCUCGAUGGACCAGAAAAGAGACCUUAACCCUUAUAGAGGGCAAGAAGGUUAUAGAAAAUGGGAUUCAAUUUCAAAAGGGUCGAAGAUCAACUGCAGCCUUGGGGCCGGACCCUGUUGAACCCAAGUGGGAUUUGGUAUCAUCGUUUUGCAAACAGCGUGGCGUAAGCAGAGGACCGGUACAGUGCAGGAAGAGAUGGAGCAAUCUUCUUGUUGAUUUCAAGAAAAUCAGGAACUGGGAGUCACAGAUUAAGGGAGAGGCGGAGUCUUUUUGGGUGAUGAGGAAUGAUUUGAGGAGAGACAAGAAACUUCCAGGUUUCUUCGAUAGGGAUGUUUACAAUGUCUUGGAUGGAAAAGAUGCGACUGCAAAACCAGCAUCUCCACUGGCAGUCCUAUGCCCAAUGCCGCUAAAUUCAAUACCUAUGGAAGAUGUGUGUCAUGUGACUGAGGAGGCAGCUGCAGAAGAAGAGGAAGAAGAAGUGGAGGAGGAGGAACCUGAGAAAUUUUUCAAUAGCAUUCGAAAUGAUUCAACAGAAAAUGAUCUGUUUUCAGAUUUUGAGGAAUCUGGGCAAGAGGAGACAACCAUAAACUCCAAAAAGGAACAAAAGGUGACAGGGAGUCCAACAAAAAUAUUCACAACUCCUGUGCCUACUCCAGGUCCGGUAAAGGGGAAACGAGGGCUAGGGUCAGAUACCGGGAGAGAGGAGAAACAGAAGCAGAGGCGGUUGUCAAGAGAUGGAUGUGAAGACAACUGCAGUGACCAGCUGAUCAGAGUUCUUGAGAAAAAUAGCAAAAUGAUGAAUGCCCAACUUGAAGCUCAUAACAAAAACUACCAAUUGGAUAGGGAGAAAAACAAGGAGCAAAACAACAACUUACUCGCUGCUAUCAAAAAUGUCACAGAUGCUCUGGUAAGAAUUGCAGACAAGUUGACUAGUCAUUCUGGUGAUUAA